UCUCUCUCUCUCUCUCUCUAGUUUCUCUCUCUUCAGUUUCUCUCUCUUUCUGCAUUACGAGAAAAGCCAGCGCAGAGCUUAGAAUGUAACGUGAAUCGGCCUCCACUUCUCACCACCGGCCCUCGCGCCACCGUUUCUAUAAAAGCUUCUUUGAUUAUACACAAAUUUCUCUCAACAAAUUUUCUCUCUCUGACAUGCAAGUGAUUUCUCGAGUUGAAUAACGCGUAUUCGUGUUCUUGAUUCGAUCAAUUUUGUUUUGAUUUUAGUCUUCGAUUUAUGAGCGAUUUCGGCUCGAUUUAAGCCCUAAUCGGUGCGGUUUUUUGUUUUUUGGAUUGGGGGAAGGAAGACGGAGAGACGAUGAAGAGCGAAGAGCAAGUUCGGACUCUGUUUGGGAUUUCGCUUACAGAGAGACCGAAAUGGCACCAGUUCCUCAUUUGCUCCUCCGGAUUCUUCUUCGGCUACUUAGUCAAUGGCGUGUGUGAGGAAUAUGUAUAUAACAAGCUGCAAUUCAGUUAUGGGUGGUACUUCACAUUUGUUCAAGGAUUUGUGUAUCUUUUUCUGAUUUACCUCCAAGGCUUCACUGCCAAGCAAAUGGUGAACCCUUGGAAGACUUAUGUCAAGCUUUCUGCUGUGUUGAUGGGUUCCCAUGGCCUCACCAAAGGCUCUUUGGCCUUCCUUAACUAUCCUGCCCAGCUUAUGUUCAAAUCUACAAAGGUUUUGCCAGUGAUGAUAAUGGGUGCCUUCAUACCCGGCCUCCGACGAAAAUAUCCACCUCACGAAUACGUUUCUGCUGUACUUUUGGUUGUGGGAUUGAUCAUCUUCACUUUAGCAGAUGCACAAACAUCUCCAAAUUUCAGCAUUCUCGGCGUGAUAAUGAUAUCGGGUGCUCUAAUCAUGGACUCAUUUCUUGGUAAUCUGCAAGAAGCCAUUUUUACCAUGAAUCCCGAAACCACACAGAUGGAGAUGCUCUUUUGUUCAACCGUCGUUGGCUUGCCUUUCUUGAUCCCGCCCAUGCUUUUGACUGGAGAGUUGUUUAGAGCAUGGACUUCAUGUUCUCAGCACAAAUAUGUAUACGGCGUGUUAGUUUUCGAAGCCAUGGCAACCUACGUCGGUCAAGUAUCUGUCCUUUCACUCAUUGCCCUAUUUGGUGCGGCUACCACAGCAAUGAUAACAACAGCUAGAAAGGCAGUGACAUUAUUGCUGUCUUACUUGAUAUUCACAAAGCCAUUAAGUGAACAACAUGCGACUGGUCUGCUGCUCAUAGGCAUGGGGAUCACGCUGAAGCUCUUGCCUGAUUACAAGCCCAAAAACAGAGCCUCUUCCCAAUUUCAAAGCACCAGAAGCUCAAGACCUGCUAKCAAUGACAAUGAAAUGGCUCAUCAAAUAGAGAUUGAAAAAGAUGAAGAGAGAAGGCCAUUGGUUUAACUGUGGUCUAUGGGAUCCUUUUGAUUGUAAUUCUUUUUUAAAUUUCAUGUCAUAAACGUAAGAAGAAGGAUGCACUACUCUCAACUAUACAGUUUCCAGAUAUUGCCUCUCCACAUGCAAUGGUUUUCAGAUUUUUCCCAAUCUCAACCUCUAAAUUGUCUCACUAAACAAAGGGAAAAUUUGAACCUC